UAAGAGAAUUUAAAACAUCCACAAGCCUCACAAGGUCCAGUCUGAGACCUGCUUUAUGGUUUUUUGAUCAAUGUCUCACAUGUUCGAGGGUACAUCAGUUGUGACAGGGAAGGCUGUGAUGCCGAACUCAGCAGCUUAUGACGGAUCGGCGCAGCCGCUAAUACCCGGAAAAGAGGUGUAUCAUGAUGACUGUGAAAGGGAAGAGGUGCGACUGAACGUUCCAGAGAAUGACGAUGAGCUUUAUUUCCAGGUCGAUGAUGACAAGUCCGAUGUGGACACAGAUAUCCACCUCCUUCCAGACAUCGAUUCCCCCACUCACAGGCGAUUCAGCCGCGUGAUGUCGCUGCCGACGGUUUUAACGCACACCAGAUCUGGAAGACAGCGAGAUUAUAGAGAAGGGAGUGGGGAGUUGGAAAAGAACCAUCGCUCGUCAGUCCAUCAAAUCCGUACGGGCUUGCGAAUUCUGCAUCUGGACGAUUCUCGAAUAUCAUGGGCGUUUCUGUCGUGGACUGUGGGGCUGUUGAUGAUCGUGGUCAUACCGUCUCUAAGGUUUAUAUUCGUUCAUCCUUUGGAUGACAAGGAUCCUUCCACCUCUCCCCUCCCAUUCCGAUUGGUCAUCUUCAUACUUGAGUUCUUGCUAUCCGCCGUCUCAUUUGUUUGCUUCCAUAGGAUGCUUCGUAAGCACGGAUUACAGGGAGUCCUGUUCCUUGAUGCUGUGCACGACGAACCAUAUGAGUUACGCCAAGCAUAUGAAAAGAGCCUGCGGUCGGUGAUGCGACUGUUAUUCAAGUUCACGUGCCCAGCAUUUGUCUUGCACGUGAUUCAGAAGGCGCUGAUGUACGCUUAUGUUCCUCUGGCCCCUUUCCCAAUCACAACUGGUCAUUGGAGGGUGGACUUGGGCGUGGUAUUCGUCACCACGUCAUUGGCAUGGCUGUUCCAGACGACGACGUUCCUUUUCGUAUGCGUCAUCUUUUGGAAAAUCUGCUCACUUCAGGUUUUUAAAAUGAGGCAUUACAGUUUCCAGCUGCAGAAGUACGACGAUUCCUCUAAGUUGUUCUUCGCGUACUCGCGGAUAAUCCGAGGACUGGGUAUCAUCAGCCAUCGGUUUCGAGGCUUCCUGUCACUCUCUGGGACGAUCAUCGUUCUCGGGUCCUUGGCUUCAAUGUACACGGUCGUUCAAGCACGGAAGGGCAACUUAACGUUCGUCAGCACUGGCGAGCUUGCAGUCUGCAACUGUCUGUACUUGAUGGGGGGAGGUCUUUGCUUGAGGUCUGCUUCACGAAUCGCUCAUCAGCACCGCCGGAUUGUGAAACAGGCUUGCACCAUGCAUGCCAUAAGCUCAUAUGGAUGUGGACAUGUCAGCCCUUGCUCGACACCACCAGCAUCUGUUCCAGCGAAGGCAGCUUCACCCAGACCCGCUCAUUUCACAGCGGUACAGGAUGCAACUCUGGCACGCAUUGAGUCGGCAUGUGAGCGGCAGGAGGAAUGGUGUCAGCGGGCAGCUCUUGUCGGGUUUUUGUCACAGACGACAGCAGGCAUAUCUAUUUAUGGUUUCGUACUUGAUCGUGCUUUUGUCCAUACUAGCUUCGGAGCCCUCUGUACAACGACAUGGUUCAUCCUCGGCCGCUCUCUGGGGGCAUAGCUCUGUGUUCCAUAGCGUACUAAACCACCAGACUGAGUAGAACCUCUCCCGUACAUCGUCACGGGACUCACGGGCGGUUUCAGAGGCCCCAGCCUUUGGUUGGAGAAAUUGGGCCUCGCUGCACUACUCUUGAAAUGCUUAAAAGACAAAAAUCAUGGCGGUGCAUCUUUCCAUAUUCUUGCGGAAGAUUCACUCUCGUUUUGCACAUUUCAAGAGUAGUGCAGCGAGGCCCAUUGUGUGUGCAUACCCUACUCGGUAAAAAGUCGUGGCCGGCGCAGGUCGAUAAAGCUCAUCAAUGGCC